GUUUGUGCCCCCAAUUUGCAAGUUUGUAUUAUGGUGUUGGAGCUUCAUCUUUACUUUCAUCGAUUAGCCCUUUUUGGUUCAGCAACAUCGUCUUCCUUCAUUCAAUUCAUCAUCAAUUGCAUCGAAUUCCGCACACAAACAUCUUUAGGUCUAUCUUUGUGAAAGACAUGGAUUUCAGGAAGAGAAGUAGAAAAUCAGUUCAAGUUGAGGAAAAAGAGAGGGAAUUUAAGAGAAGAGCUUCUUCAGGUGAUGAAGAAAUGUUGAAAGAUCAGCGAGAGAAGGAGGAACUAGAGCAGCGUUUGAGAGAAAGAGAUGCAGCUAGAACGCGCAAGUUAGCCGAACCAAAGGCAAUUCAAAGAAAAUCUAAUGCUGCAGAGGAGAACAAGGAUAUUCGAGCUUUGAGAGAAGUUUCAAGGCAAAAGUACUUGAAGAAAAGGGAGGAGCAGAAAUUACAAGAACUUAGAGAUGACAUUGAAGAUGAGCAUUAUCUAUUUGAAGGAGUGAAGCGUUCAGACGUGGAAUACCGUGAUUUCAUGCACAAGAAAGAUAUAUACAAUGUACUUGCGAAGAAGGAGUUAGAGAAUGGGGGUCAUGAGUAUAGAAUACCAGAAGCUUAUGAUGAUCAGCAAGCUGGUGUUAAUCAAGAAAAGAGGUUUUCUGUGGCUAGGCAGCGUUACAAUGAUCCAAAUGCUGAGAAAGAAGAGGCUUGGGAGGAACAUCAAAUUAGAAAGGCAACACUGAAAUUUGGUUCGAAAGAUAAAAGACAAGUCUGUGAUGAUUACCAGUUUGUGUUUGAGGACCAGAUUGAUUUAAUCAAGGCGUCGGUAAUGGAUGGUGUUAAGUUUGAUUAUGAGAAAGAGGUUGCAUUAGAAAAAUCUAGAGCUAAGAGGUCAGCUUUAGACGCAAUUCGGGAGGAGAGGAAAAAACUACCUGUCUAUGCUGUUCGGGAUAAAUUUCUCCAAGCUGUUCAUGAUCACCAGGUACUUGUCAUUGUUGGCGAAACUGGUUCCGGAAAAACUACACAGAUUCCCCAAUAUCUUCACGAAGCUGGUUAUACGAAGCAUGGAAAAAUGAUUGCAUGUACUCAGCCACGGCGUGUUGCUGCUAUGAGUGUUGCUGCCCGAGUUUCUCAAGAAAUGGGUGUUAAACUAGGACACGAGGUUGGUUACUCCAUACGCUUUGAGGAUUGCACGUCCAAGAAGACCAUUGUUAAAUAUAUGACGGAUGGAAUGUUGUUGAGGGAGUUCCUUGCUCAACCUGAGCUGGACAGUUAUAGUGUUGUGAUGGUGGAUGAGGCUCAUGAAAGAACACUUUCAACUGAUAUUUUGUUUGGAUUACUUAAGGAUGUUGCUCGUGCCCGGCCUGAUCUUAAGUUGUUGAUAUCUAGUGCUACUCUUGAUGCAGAGAAGUUCAUUAACUUCUUUGAUCAUGCUCAAAAAUUCGAAAUUCCUGGGAGACCAUAUCCUGUUGAAAUACACUUCACGGAAAAAGCAGAAGCCAACUACUUUGAUGCUGCUAUUGUUACGACGCUUCAGAUCCAUACCACUCAACCUCCCGGAGAUAUAUUGCUAUUCCUUACUGGUCAAGAAGAAAUUGAAACCGCAGAAGAACAUCUGAAGCUUCGGGUGGGAGCCUUGGGGACUAAAAUAGCUGAGUUAAUUAUAUGUCCUAUAUAUGCCAACCUACCAACUGAAAUACAAGCUAAAAUAUUUGAACCCACACCUAAAGGGGCUCGAAAGGUUGUCCUUGCCACCAAUAUUGCAGAAACGUCUUUGACAAUCGAUGGGAUCAAAUAUGUCAUUGAUCCAGGAUUUUGUAAGAUGAAAUCUUAUAAUCCAAGGACUGGAAUGGAGUCUUUACUAGUAACUCCCAUCUCAAAAGCUUCAGCAAUGCAAAGAGCUGGUCGGUCUGGAAGAACAGGUCCUGGUAAGUGCUUUCGAUUGUAUACUUCAUACAGUUUUCAAAAUGAUAUGGAAGAUAAUACUACACCUGAAAUACAACGGACUAACCUUGCAAAUGUUGUCUUAACUUUAAUUAGUCUUGGUAUUGAGAUAGAGAAAUUGUUUCAGUUUGAAUUUAUGGAUCCUCCACCACUUGAUGCCUUAAAGAAUGCCGUGGAGCUUUUAUGUAAUCUGGGUGCUUUAAAUGGGCAUGUCAAGUUAACUAAGGUAGGCAGACGAAUGGCAGAGUUCCCACUUGAUCCUAUGCUGUCAAAAAUGAUAAUUGCUUCAGAAAAGUACAAGUGUUCUGACGAGAUCAUCUCCAUUGCUGCUAUGCUUUCUGUUGGCGGUUCAAUAUUUUACAGUCCAAAGAAUAAAAAGGUACAUGCAGACAAUGCAAGAAUGAAUUUUCACACUGGAAAUGUUGGUGACCACAUUGCUCAUCUAAAUGUCUACAAUUCAUGGAAGGAGUCCAAUUAUUCAAGACAAUGGUGUUAUGAGAAUUAUAUACAGGUAAGGAGUAUGAAACGUGCUAAGGAUAUCCGUGAUCAACUUGUAGGUCUCUUGGAGAGGAUUGAGAUUGAACUAACUUCGAAUUCUAAUGAUUUAGAUGCCAUCAAGAAAUCCAUAACAUCUGGAUUUUUCCCUAAUACUGCAAAGCUGCAAAAAUAUGGUACUUAUCAGAUGGUUAAACGUCUACAAACUGGUCACAUACAUCCUAGUUCGGGGCUGGCCGAGGUUUUUCCUAGAUUGGUUUUGUACCAUGAACUAGUACUCACAACCAAGGAAUAUCUGAGACAGGUCACAGAGAUAAAGCCAGAGUGGUUGCUGGAGAUAGCCCCCAAUUUUUACAAUCCUAAGGAUGUUGAAGACUUGAGUUCCAAGAAAAUGCCCCGUGGAAGUGGACUUGCAGGGAAGUCAGCUGGAGCCGGCACAUCCUAACCCAAAUAUGCUUACAUUCGUUGGGAGGUGGUUUUGUUGGAGGAAAGAGUAUGCUUCUGGAGGGAAGUACAUUACCUGCUUUAUUUCUGUUUAGUAAUUCAUUUUCUUGGGCACAGUUGGUUUGUUGGUAGUUUUUUAUGGCUCUGCAAAAGAUUUGGAUUUUAAAUUUGUUUAUGAAAGUCUUUUAUUAACUUUUUUAUGCGGACAAUUGAGAAAUAUAUUGGAAGCUCUGUUAUAAUUUGGAGUCCAUGUUUCAUGAUUUUUUUUCUCUUUCUGGUCUAUUUCUUCCUUUGAAUGUUUUGCUUGCUGUUUGCAGAUUGGAAGGAGGACAUGAUACUUCAAUUCUUUUGUUUAAUCAAAGGGUGAAGCUAUACUGUUUGACAAUGAUUAUUUUCUCUACUAUUUCUUACCUACUCGAAUCUUCUGAUAUUUAUACUGUCUUAUUUUUGCUAGAGUUAUUUCUGAUUAAGGCAAGUUUAGACUUUAGAGAAUGCAGUCAUUAUUCAAUAUACAAAAUUUGAAGUGCAUAUAGACAGUAGCAGGGUUGAAGAACUUGAGCAAUCAAAGGUAUGAUUUAAAUCCAUUUAUUUGGAGGAGGGAAUAGGGGUUGAUCCAUAUGCUCUUUUCUAUAUUAAAUUAGUUUAUGAAACUCUUAUGCAAUUGGUUAUGGUCUUCCAUUUCUGUCAAGAUUAAAUGACCAUAGAUAUAAAUGCAUUAUAACCCUGUCAUAUCUUUAUAAAUUCAUACAACUUGUGUUCGUAAUAGCUGAAUUCGAGAAUAUAAUUUAGGCCAAAUACCUCCCUGGGUCUAGGGUUGGGAAUAGGCCAGGCCAGGCUUUGAUAGGCCUGAGCCUGGCCUACGAAAAAAUUUGCAGGCCCGAGCCUGGCCUAUGGCCUUUCAUAGGCCUAUUAUUUUGGCCUGGCCUGAAAGCCUAUUUACAGGCCUACUUACUAUUAAAGUCACUAAACAUUCCAUUUUAUCUACUUUUAAAUAGGCUUAAUAGGCUUCAAAGGCUAUUCCAGUGUAAGAUUUGUCUAUCACUAUAAGGCCUUAAAAACAUAUUUCACUAUAAAGCUUUAAAGCCUAUUUAAAAAGUCCACUAUGAAGCCUAACAUGCAUAAACAGGCCGGCCUAUUAGGAUUCAUAGGCUUUUUUUAUAG